AUGUCUGACAGAAUUAUUGAUCUGGAAGAGACCGCAACCCACACAGGUCCAAAAGGAGUCAUCAAUGACUGGAGAAGGUUUAAGUUGGAAAGUAUGGACCAGGAAAACUUGCCACAAGCAAAAAAGGAACUGCUGAGACAAAUGUCAUCCCCAAACAAGCCAAAAGAUAACUCCAGAGCAAACCUCAACCGCAAGAUGAGUGUCCAAGAGUACGAAUUGCUUAAGGAAGAAGAUGAAGGAUGUCUAAAGAAAUACAGAAAGCGGUGCAUGCAGGAGAUGCAUGAUAAACUCAGCUUUGGGCCCAAGUUUGAUGGUGUGCAUGACCUGGACAGUGGAGAGGCCUUCCUAGAAGUCAUAGAGAAGGAGCAUUACAGCACAGUAGUGGUUGUUCACAUCUACAAGGUUGGGGUCAAAGGUUGUGAGGAGCUCAACAACUGCCUUGACUGCCUGGCCACUGAGUACCCCACUGUAAAGUUCUGCAGGAUUGAUGCCGUGUCAUCCGGCGCUGCUGAGCGGUUCUCAGAUGAGGUUUUGCCUACACUGCUGGUGUACAAGGCUGGAGAACUACUAGGAAACUUCCUGGCCUGUACACAGCACCUGAAUGAGGAGUUCUUCGCCACUGAUGUGGAGGCCUUCCUCAACAGCUAUGGGCUGCUGCCAGAAAAAGAGCUGCCAAGUAUGGAAGAUGAGGAAGAACACAAUGUUGAGUAAACAAAGAGUUGCUUGGGGCUUCUGAGAAAGAAAGGAAGCUGUCCUGGAGGGCUGGAUAGAGAUCUGUGAAAGACAACUUAUGACAUAAGAACAUAGAAAAACCGUAACAUCUCCACUAGCUCUUGAGGAGAAAAACCUUGAUGUCCCAGAUAUGGGUGCUCUCAAAUACAGUUGUGGGUUACAGUAAGGUGAUGAGAUACAGUGUUUAUUUAUUCAUAAAAAUGUAUCAGAAAUCUCUCCACCACCCAAACAAAAGCCAAAACCAGUUAGCUGUCAUUUAAAAUAAUUGCAAUGUUUUAUUUUGUAAUGAUAGUAAAUAUUAAAUAUGUAUGUACUUAAAUAAUGUAUCAAUUCAAAAAUGUUUUGUAGCAUUUGAUUAGGUUGAUCUGUGUACAAGUUUAUAAUUUUUAUAAAGGGUUCAUACAAAGUAACAUCCUCAUGUAUAGUUUUUUUUUUUUUUUUGCCAAAAUUGAAAAGACCUUUAAUGAGCUAAACGGAACAGGGGCUCUUAAGACUUUAGAGGCCAAAGCACUCUGGAUGUGGAAACAUUUUUGUGUAAACAUGUCUUCCAGCUGUUAGUCCUACCUUCUUACUUAAUUAAGCAAAUGUGGUGGGAAGUGCAUUUUGGAGUCUGGAGAAAACAUUAAUGAGCCACUGGUAUUUUACCAUCAUCAGUGAGGCGUUCAUCCAGUUCUGUGUAUUUUUUAUUGUGAAAGUGGAAAAACUCAUGGAAAUAUACAAAAGGAAGACAUGGGUCAUGGGUUUUUUAGUGUGAUAUGACUCAGCCUCAUCCUUGACUCAGCACAAAGGUCAAUAUCAUCAGCAUCAUUUUUGAUUUUUCCAAGGAUUUGGUCACUAUUUUAAACUGCACGCUGGAAUGUGAUGAAGCAUAGCCUAA